AGCGCUCAUCCAUCUGUCCUUUACUUUUCUCUCCCACCGGCUGGGACAGCACACGAAUCUGAGCUUCAACACGCUCCUCGUCGCCAGCCAUGUCCUUCUUUAACCGCCACCCGCGCUACACGAUCGCGCUCGUUGUCUGCCUCUUCGUCCUCGUCAUCAUCCUCUUCAAUUCCGACUCUGCUGGGCCUGGAGGACCGAGUGCGUACCGUUUCCGUGGCCAGAGGCGGCCGCCGCCGCCUCCAGGCUUGUAUACGGAGGACGUGGUUGCUAUGAACGAGGCGGCGUACCAGGAGUCGCUGAAGGAGAGACAGAAGCUGAUUGCCAAGUACGGCCCGACUGCUAGCUCGGUCGAAGCGUUCCCCAGCCACGGCGAGUUCUACACCCUGUGGGACUUCUUCACCCCCGCAUUCCAGUGCCCGCACCGCACCGAGCGAGUCGGCACGCUCGGUGACGGAGGCAAAUGGGUCUGUGGCUUGGAGCGGAUCGCGAGGAAACCCAAGUGUGUCAUCUACUCCUUCGGUGUCAACGGCGAGUCGAGCUUUGAAGCUACCCUCCUCCAGCGCGCGCCGGGAUGCGAAGUGUGGGGCUACGACUUUAGUGUAAAUUCGUUCGGCCCCGAAAUCACUGAAGUUCCGUCCCUGAAUGCGCGGUCCCACUUCUACCCAUACGCGCUGGGCUCCUACGACGCCCCCGAAUCAAAUCCGCCCUACUACACCCUCCAGUCGCUCAUGAAGAAGAACGGCCAUGACUUCAUUGACAUCCUCAAGGUCGACAUCGAGGGCGCGGAGUUCGAGUCGCUCACAUCUUUCCUCAACGCGCACUCGGUCACCGAGGGGUUGCCCAUCGGUCAGCUGCAGCUUGAGAUCCACGCGCGCGACAGUAAGUACGGCGAGUUCAAGAACUUCUUGAAGUGGUGGGAGUCGUUGGAGAGGUUUGGCCUGCGUCCUUUCUGGACAGAGCCGAACUUGGUGUAUGUGAACCUCAUCAGAGGGGUUAGGCCUGAUUUGGUUGAGUACUCCUUCAUCAACAUCAGAGGCCAACACGAACUCGUAUCCGACGAGGUCAUUCACUAAGAGCCGCAUAUGUCUCCCGUAUAAGUAUCCUAAUCCUCUACGGACUUAAUCCAGGGCCAUUUCCUGGCUCUCGAAUGGACCUCACACAAUUAAUUCUGUCAGCGGCGUGGGCCAGCGGUCCUCCGUACUCUUGCUCCGCUCCUUAGUGUACUCGUAUAUGCGCGCACGGUAGAAUAUAACCGGGGCAUUGAUCAUACCCUCAAAUACUGUAUAUCCUCAGAAAGGCCAUUCUUAUUUAUCUUCCACUCUGAG